GUGACAUACUUUCUUUCUUUGCUUUCUUGUAGUCCUCUCCUCUUUGGAGGUCUUGAAUUACCGGAAACAACAAUCACUUUUUCAUUUUUUGCUUCAAUGCUAAUACCUUGCGAUGAUUUUGUUCCUUUUUCCUAUCGUUUGCUUGUGUUUCUUGACACUUUUCGUAGUCUAGUGCAGAUGUUCUGCUAUAAGCCUAUAAUACUUCUGCUUUGAUUGCUCUUUAUCUUAUUUUUUUUCUUCAUUUUAUCUGAUUAUGAUUGAUCGGUAUAGGUGUUUAUUAUUGCUUUCUUUUCACGUUUAGGCUUUUAGUUUCUUGCUCAGUUCUUGUCCGGAGAUUUUGAUUGACAGAACUCUGUUUAUCUAUAUCUUUUUCUCGCUGUGGCCUGUGGAUUCAAUUGCCUCCUCCUCAAAGUCAUACACACCCAUCGGGCGAUCUGGGCCUCUGGCUUGCUAUUGCGAGAGAAUGAAAUUUAGAUGGAGGAGGGAGGCGAGUUCCGCUGCUGGGAUGAACUAAUACCCGAUGCUCUCGGGCUAAUCUUCAAAAAUCUUUCUCUUCAGGAAAUUCUUACUGUGAUUCCGAGGGUCUGCAAAUCUUGGAACAGAGCAAUAAUGGGUCCCUAUUGCUGGCAAGAGAUUGACAUUAAGGAGUGGAGCCUUCAGUGCCAGCCUGAGCAGCUAGAUCGAAUGCUUAAAAUGCUCAUCACAAGAAGCUGCGGAUCCCUACGCAAACUCUGUGUGUCUGGCCUUCCCAAUGAGCCUCUUCUCUCCUUCAUUGCAGACCAUUCUGCAUCCCUUCAGACUUUGCACCUGCCGAUGAGUGAAAUAAGUGAUUCAAUGGUGGAACAGGUAGCAGGGAGGCUGUCUACCAUCUCUUUCUUGGACCUAAGUUACUGUAAGAAUAUUGGUGCCCGUGCAUUAGAGGCGAUAGGGAAGCACUGUAAAUUGCUGGUUGGGUUGAAGCGUGUCAUGCAUCCAUUGGAGGUGGCUGACAAGAUCUCGCAGAAUGACGAAGCCCAUGCUAUUGCCACCACAAUGCCCAAGCUUAAGCACCUUGAGAUGGCCUACCUGCUCAUUACUACAGGGGGUUUGCUUGAGAUCCUCCUCAACUGUCGGGAACUUGAAUUCUUGGAUGUGAGAGGGUGUUGGGAUGUGAAGCUUGAUGAGAAGUUCCUCAAAGAGAAAUGUCCAGGGCUGAAGGUCCUGGGGCCCCUAAUAGUAGAUUGUUACGAGAGGAAUUACUGGGAUGAUUUCUCGGAUUGCUCAGAUUCUUCUGGUUACUUGGCGUGGGAUUUUGUUGCUGGCGAACUGUAUGAUGGAGAGAUCUCUGAUGGGGUUUGGGAUGAUGAAGAAAGGUUUGGAGGGUUAGAGUUGAGUUUCUAUGAAGGAUUUGGGGAAGAUGUUGCGUUUGGAUGGCCCCAAUCUCCUUGAGGUUUGCUUGCAAGCAAGACUGUUUGUUGCUGUUCUCAAUGGGAGAUUCAAAGAUUCUACCUUUACCCCCUCUAAUCUACUACUUGAGCCAUUGUUACUGCUGCUUGGCUGCCACUUAUAGUAGUUUACUUGGAACCUUCAUUAGCGUUCAAAGGAUGAAAAUGUGACUGAUGGAAAUGAAGUUGUGUGGUCUCUCUACCUUUUCACUCUUUUUUUUUUUUUGCAUAGACUUAUUAACCAAAUAUCACCCAAAAUAAUUGAGUCGAGUAUGAAAUUGCAGUGGGAAUGAAUUGCAAAGAAACAGGGAAAAGUUGGGUUAUUAACUUCUUAUUGCCUUAUUUUAGAUUGUUUCCUUGCGUUUUUA